GCUGCGGUUGUGGGGCGUGAUUACUGAAUUACUGAAUUUCAGAGUAUAUACAGAAUUUUGCCUAGCCGGGGAAAAGGAAACAGUUGCUCGCAUCAGCAUGAGUAGAUUGCAAGCAAUGGGGAGGCCGGGCCGUAUAGAGCAAUGGUAAGGGCAUGGACACUGAAGUUGGUUCCACAGUUUUUCCAUGGUCCAGUCAGAGUGUUGAGGAGUGCCUUUGGCCAGUGCACAGACCACCUCCAUCUCCAUGGGAGAAUCAGAUAUCACAGCUGAGUGCGUCUCUGCUCUCUCCUCCUGUCUGUCCCACUAUGACGGCACACCUGUCUGUGAGGCCCGCACCUCACCUGUCUGUGAACUGCUGGAGAAGGCGGCGCUGCGGCUGACGGACACGGAUCCGGCGCUGGCUCAGCCGAGCGCCGCCGACCUGCUGGCGCCGGCCGCCGACCUGCUGCGGCUGCACCUGGCCUGCUACGGCACGGCCCGGGUGGCUGCCCGGCCCGGCCGCGAGUGGCCCGUCAAUGUGGACGUGAGCGGCGAGCGCGUGCGGCUGGUGCCGCGGCCGGAGAGGCGCGCGCACACCGCUUACACCACCGAGCCGGUGCUCGAGUGGCACCAGGUGCUGGCCGUGCGGCCGGCGCCGGCGGCCGGCUCGACCAGCACCGAGAAGGGUGGCAGUACCCCCAAGACCACUGGCAGCCAUGAGGCAAAGUCCCCAAGAUGUGCCGACUCGACCGCCGCCACCAGGGCUUCCGCCGCAUCCGAUGUGGCCACACCAGUGGCAAAUUCCAGUCGUGGCCUGCGGCUGCUGCGGGAGAAAUACAAACUCGGUGCACCUAGCCCGUCACCCGAGACACGCAGCUCGCCGGGGAAUCGCCCGGAAAACACCAGUGACGUCACCACGCCUAAAAGUAGCGGUAAACAGGCAUCCAGAGCCAAUCUUUCGACCCGGUCAGCCACCAACCUCACCCUCGCCCCAACUCCUGAACUAAAAGCAACAACCAAGAGAGUGUCGUUCGGGUCGGGAUGCGGCACUCCUGCUGGGUCGGGACCCGCUGCGAACUCCCGCGCCCGCUCCCGCAGUCGGUCGCGGAAUCAACCUGCCGAUCUGCUCAGCCGACGCGGCCGCUCGGCCAGCCUGGCUGCCGGCAGGGCCAGGGGCGUGCCGAACAGGGUAUCGCGUGCCGGCGCCACCCCCGAGCCGCCGCCGCCGCCGCCGCCGCCGCGUCUGGUGCGGGCGGUGAGCGUGGCGGCCGGCGGAGACCUCUGGUGCACCACCUCUGCCGACUGGGAGCACCAGCUGAGGACCAUCAGCGCGCGCGCAGAGGCCGCCACCGCCGCCGCCGCCGACAAACGGCCCGAGACACUGCUCUACGGACAGCUGGUUAUCCACCAUAACUGCGUGCUGCCCGAGCUGCCGCGCUUUGUUCGCUGUCUGAGCCUGCAGCGGCGCGCCGCCGAGCCGGUGCUGGUGUGGCUGUGUGACGCGGCGCGCGCGCUGCUCGUGCCGCGCUGCACACUGCUGUCGGCCUGCAGUGACGGCCUGCAGCUGUACCGGCAGCCGCCGCUGCUGGUCCUCCUCACCGGCAAACGCCUGCCUCUGGUCGUGCCAGCGCGUCUGGUGGCCGCCUGUCUGUCGCUGCUGGCCGGCAGCCUGCCGUGGCUGACGGCUCCGGAGCCGGCGCGCCGCCUGGCCCACUCGGGGCUGGCCGUGCUGGCCGCCGAGGUUGGCUCACCGGAGGCGCUGGAGCUGCUCACCAGGAUGGCGCGCCACCCGGCCACGGCGCCGCCGCUGCGCGCCGCGGAGGUGGUCGCGCCGCUGGCAGACCUGGCCGGCGACCAGCUGGACCUGCCGGAGCCGGACGAGGCGCAGCUCUGCCGACUGGUGCGGCUGCUGCGGGCCGCCGUCGGCGCCGGGAUGAGCGACCCGGGCCGCAGCCUGCUGGCCGGCUCCCCGCUGCUGCACGGGCUGCUGCGGCUGGUGAAGGGCCCCCGUCUUGAGCUGGAGGUGCGCCGUCUGGUCAGCCGGCUGCAGGAGAACGAUACGCCGGCGGAGGGGCCGACCGUCCCGGCGGCCGCCUCCACGCCGAGACAGCUGCCGGCCGCGCCGGGGUCGGCCGGUCUGUCCCGCCGGGUGCGGCCGGCCGGUCCGCCGCGCCGCGCCCAGUCCUCCACCCCCGGUACACAGACCUCGGCGGCUGAUACCGCGAGGUCGGCCGGGGCCGCGGCGGCGCCCGCCCGGCCCCGACUGCCGGGAGCCAGUGCGGCGGCGGCGGCGGCAGUGGUGAGGAGAGCGCCACCGCUGCUGCCCACUCCGCCCGAUCCGGCGCCGCCCGUGGCGCCCGGCCGGCUGGUCCGUCUCAACGAGGAGGAACUGCGCGCCGACGGUGGCGCCGACGGGCGGCCGCCGCCCGAAACUGACGCGGCGCCGGCGCGGCCGCCGGCCUCGGUCAUCGAGUACCUGCGGCGCGGCCAGCGCUGUCGCCUGCGCACCAGCCUCUGCCUGCAGCUGGAGGACGUGAGGCGUGUACAGGACAUGGGGCAACAGCGGCUGGCCAUGCUUCUGUGCGGUCUGCUGAACGCGGGCGCCGGUGGCGCCAUCUACUACGGUGUGAGCGCCGACGGCCGGGUGAACGGGCUGCAGCUGGACGGUGGCCACCGGGACCGGCUCAGACUCGGCGUGGACAAGGUGGUGAGUCACCUGCUGGAGCCGGCAGUUCCGUCCGACUGCGUCCGGCUGCAGUUUGUUCCCGUCCUGGAGAGCGGCCAGUCGGCCAGGGACCUCCGGCUGAGCUCGCACACCCUGUUCGUGGUGGUCGUCCACUGCCUGUCCCCGCCGCGGGAGGUGUUCCUGGUGCGGUCGCAGCAGACGGCGUUCCUGCGUCGGGCCGGGCCGGCCGGGGAGCCGCAGACCGCGCCGCUCAGCCUGCCGCAGCUCCGCCAGCUGGUGGCCGCACAAGAGAUGGCGCUAGUGAGCGGCCGCCAGGCGGCGCUGGAGUCUGCCACCGCCUGUCUGCGCCGUCUGCUGGCCCCCGCGCCGGCCGCGUGUGGCGACUGCGGGGGAACGAAACCGGCGACCGCGGACUGUCGCAGGCAGGUGGCUGCUUCUGGGGAGGACCGGUCCGGUGGGUGGACUGACUGACUGAUCGGGAGGGAUGGGGUGUGGACUGAGGCGGACUGGACGGCAGGGGGACUGGGAUGUGGACUGAGGCGGACGGGACGGCAGGGGGACUGGGAUGUGGACUGAGGCGGACGGGACGGCAAGGCUACGAGGUGAUCUGAGGCGGAUUGAGCUCACCCAAACAUGACAGUGUUGAAUGAAUCAAAAGCUGCUAGAGCAUUUGCGGCAGCUCUCUGGCCCCUGAACAUUUAGGAGACAACUGUCUCUCUUUUUUCGUUUUUUUUUUUUAGGAAGGAAACAGCUAGUCACCAGGAAUUAAUUUUCUGGUUAUCGUUUUUGCAGUAUCGAUGCUGUAUUUCUGAUCAGUCCUUACUAGGUCAAUACAGCAGAAAUUCUGGGCAUUUUACUCACCUGGGAUACUAUGCGAUGUCGCUAAAGUACAAAUUACGGAGUCUUACAGUUGUGCCAGCUGAGUGAAUAGUUUACGUACAAAAAAGUUUGUCCGUGUUUUUGCGGUUUGCAGGCCAGGUGCGGUUCUUCCAUGGCUCGUAUUGCAAAUAUGACGCUUGCUUUGGCUGCAUUUUGCGAGCCUUCACUGUAACAUAAGGGUGGCGGGUGUUUUCGUAUGCGACGCGUUCGGCGUGAUAUCGUUGCAUCUCAACAAACCAUUUGACCCCGCCCCGGAGGUCACGUGACGUAGUUCAGUAACCCGGCGUCUGCUCAAUGCCGUUACAAAGGCUAUACCCCGAUCUACAUCUACAUCUACAUCAAUGCGUGUUACGUGGCGUUUUUCGUAAUUUUGUUCCCAGGUCAAUUCGGUAUUCAUGGUUAUGGAUUUGUACGCCGGAGUGAACUCAGGAACACGCGUUGUUGCUCAUUUUUGUGUCGUUGCUAUCCAUUGUGAUCCUAUGAAGACAUUGGUAGUUCUCGAUUGCCACCAUCGCUGCGAGCUGCGUGUGCCACCACCGGAUUAACCCGGUGCCUACUUACUUCGAACAAUUUUGAUUUGUGUUGCUCAUUCGAGCUUUGUAAAGCAAUGCCUUUGUCCAAAUGCGUGGCGCUUGGUAUGCACAGUGCAUACCUACUGCAGUGUUAGCAGCUGCACAGUGCACAUUGGUUUGAGAGUGGUUGAGUUGUUUAUGGUUAUACAGCGUUGGUUAUACUCUAGCCAGGAUUACAUUGAUGAAAAUACAUUUUUGUACUUAAG